AUGUUUCAGUUUUUGGACUCCACCUGCUUCGCUGCCCAGCUUGAAUACAGCAGCCACGUCGCUCGGGCUGUCCUCCACUCUGAAGCGGGGUUGGGGGCGCGCGCCUUCCUCAACGCCAUGCCCUCAGGACGCACGCGCAUGGAGCCUGCCACCUUCAUUGCCGAGUUGCGAAUCCGCCUGGGGGUGCCCGAAGCCACUGAUGAUUGCUGGUGUCCUCGCUUGAUCUUGUGUGUUCCUGGGCUGAGCGGGCUGGCCUUCGGCCGGAGAAGGAGCGCCCGAACCUUCUGCUGCUCACUUGCCCUGAAGACACGCAAACAGGCAGACGUCGCCCUGCCGAUGUCUUUCUGCCUGCCCUUGCUGGGUUUCCCGCUGCGCUUGACUUCGCUGUUACAGCGCCUCCGCGGCAGGAGACCCUAG